CUAUACAUACAAAGACACACUUGAAAACCCUAACCCCCUUUUUCCCCAAAAAACCCUAGUUUUUAGAAUCGGCACAAAGAUGUCGAUGUCGAAGAGCUCAAAGAUGUUACAAUACAUAAACUACAGGAUGCGAGUGACGAUCCAAGACGGCCGUCAGUUAGUCGGAAAAUUCAUGGCGUUUGACCGUCACAUGAAUCUCGUUAUCGGCGAUUGCGAAGAGUUUCGGAAACUACCUCCCGCAAAAGGUGCUAAAAAGAAUGAAGAGCGUGAAGAUAGGCGAACACUAGGGCUUGUGUUGUUGCGUGGUGAAGAAGUUAUUUCAAUGACUGUUGAAGGUCCACCUCCUCCUGAUGAAAACCGAGCCAAGGCGGUCGGUGCGGCUGCGAUUGCUGGACCGGGGUUAGGACGUGCUGCUGGGCGAGGGAUUCCGACUGCGCCUUUGGUUCAAGCUCAGCCUGGGUUAGCUGGACCGGUUAGGGGAAUUGGUGGACCGGCUCCUGGAAUGAUGCAGCCUCAGAUUUCGAGACCUCCGAUGAAUUAUCCGCCUCCAGUGAUUAGGCCUGGUGGACAAAUGCAGUAUCCUGGACCUCCUCCACAAAUGCCGCGUGGACCGCCUCCUCAAAUGCCACCGCAGUAUGCGCAACGUCCUGGGAUGCCUGGACAGUUUCAAGUGCCGCCUGGUGGUCCUGGACAGUAUGUGCAGAGGCCUGGAAUGCCGCCUCCGGGGAUGAUGAGAGGACCACCACCUCCUGGAGGUCCACCAAGACCUGGUAUGCCUGGACCGCCACCGCCUGCUAGACCUGGAAUGCCGCCUCCUGGUGGACAGAUUCCGGUUUUUGGACCUCCCCGCCCUGGUAUGCCGCCACCACCAAACUCCCAGCAACAACAGCAGCAGCAGUGAUUGGGUGGUUUCCAAGUCUAGCAAUUUUAUGAGGGUGAUCUGCUGGAAUUCGAUGCUUAUAAUCUGCAGUGAACAUCUUUCCUUGAAUUUCUAUCUAGGGUUUGUAUUAGUGAAGUAUUAUGUUUUUGUCAGACUUUAUUUUGUUAUCUUGGAAUCAGCACAUAUUGUAACUCCUAAAUAUACUUUUGCAGAAGAGUUCAAACCUGAAUUUUAAACUA